AUGGAUCUCAAUCUCGAUGCUCCUCACUCCAUGGGAACGACCAUCAUCGGCGUCACUUACAAUGGAGGUGUCAUUCUCGGAGCCGACUCACGUACCAGUACCGGGAUGUACGUAGCGAACCGAGCUUCUGAUAAGAUCACACAACUCACUGAUAAUGUCUACGUCUGCCGUUCUGGAUCGGCUGCUGAUUCUCAGGUUGUCUCGGACUAUGUUCGCUACUUCCUUCACCAGCAUACAAUUCAGCUGGGGCAGCCUGCAACCGUAAAGGUCUCUGCCAAUCUUAUCAGGAUGCUUGCGUAUAAUAACAAGAAUAUGCUGCAAACUGGCCUCAUUGUUGGUGGCUGGGAUAAGUAUGAAGGUGGGAAGAUCUACGGGAUUCCACUUGGUGGAACUGUCGUGGAGCAACCAUUUGCUAUUGGAGGCUCUGGCUCUAGUUACCUUUAUGGAUUCUUUGAUCAGGCCUGGAAAGAAAACAUGACCAAAGAAGAAGCCGAGCAACUUGUUGUGAAGGCAGUUUCACUUGCCAUCGCCCGAGAUGGAGCCAGUGGAGGGGUUGUACGAACUGUCAUAAUCAACUCAGAGGGAGUGACGAGAAACUUCUACCCUGGAGAUAAGUUGCAGCUUUGGCACGAGGAGUUGGAGCCCCAAAACUCCUUGUUAGACAUCCUGAACGCUGCUGGUCCUGAACCAAUGGCCAUGUGA